UAUUGCUUCUGUGUUUAUUUUACACUUUUUAAGUAAGAAAGGAAGACGGUAAUGCGAACUUAUCGUACUUUAUGUGGUAGAUUAGAUUCUAUUAGAGAUGUACACUUAAUUAUGUCAUCGCUUGAACACCUUCACUGCACUCGAGCGAUGUUUCACCACAGGCCGGUUAAUGUCUUUCAUAGCUGUGACUUUCACCUCUUACCUCAUAGACGUAGUAGCUCCAGGUGCUCUUGUUUAUUUGGAGUUCUGCUGCUGAAGUCAGACACAUAAACAUAAGAUCAUAUGAAGAUGUAGCCACUCCAGCUUAUUUCACGCAAUGAUUUAACACCCUAACGCUAUCUGGGUGUUGGGUUAUGUUAGAUUAGGUUAGUGUUAGGUUAGGUUAGUGUUAGAUUAGGUUAGGUUAAUCUUAUCGCGAAAUAAGCUUAGGAUUAAUCUUUAGUUGAUCCCAUAUUAGUGUGUAUUAACUCAAGUGUUCGCUGGCCGGAUUGUACGCUAUGUUAGUUCAUGUAUGGUUAGAGUCUGGCAGCUGCCCAGGGCACUCAGUAGUGCCUCCUGCCUGCCUCUCAUCACCUGCCUCACCUCGGCUGUGUUUAUCACAGGUGAGCGAAGAUGGCGGAGGCUGGAGGUAGACAGUGGCAGUGUUUCCUGGCCACACCUGGGGAGCGUCUCGCUUACCUGCGCCACUCUGGCCACCUGUCUGAUAUCACCCUCACCUUCCCUGGCCACCACACUAUCAUUCAGGCCCACCGCUGGGUGCUGGCCAUGAGCUCUCCUGUGUUCGAGGCCAUGCUGUACGGGCCGCUGGCUGAGGGAGACGUCCUUGCCUUGCCGGAGGAUCCACCUGACGCUUUCGAGUGGCUGCUUGACCAUUUGUACCUAAACCACACCCAGCUGCCGGGGGUGCAGCUGGCUCUACAGGUGUACCAUCUGGCUGCCAAGUACCAGAUGGAUCCUCUGUGCCAGCUGUGUUCGCAGUACUUGGUCCGAGAGGUGACACCAAAUACCUUCCCGGGAGUGUACGAGGCUGCCGUGUUGCUGGACGACACUCAGCUGCUGGCCAGGUGUGGGCAGGAGUUGAUGGUGUCCUCAGACGACGUUUUAGUGUCCCGGGACAUAGGCGUGUUGGGCCGCGCCUCCCUCCGCCACCUACUGCACCACCACCAGCUCGCAGCCUCGUCUGAAACCUUCGUGUUCCGUGCGAUUAUCACUUGGGGUCGGGAGCAAGUUAGAAUGAGAGGUGAGGGAGGAGCACCCAGGACCCCUCACUCUAACUAUCCGCCACCACCACCACCGCCGAAAGUCUCCUCACAAGUGUCAACACCCACACCGGGCAAGGACGAGGACCCGACCAUAAGUCUAAGUAGUAAAGUGAAUCAGUUUCUGCCCCAGGUGAAGAUGAGUGAUCAGGAAGCAACAACUAUGAGUUGUAUUCAGGUCACGGGUGAGUGUGAUGUUGCAGUGAACAUGGACUUGCAGCACAAGAUACCCUCAGUCAAGGGAGAAACCGUCCCCCUGAGGCAGCAUCAGUGGGUGGCAGGCGAGGAAACCACCGGCAGAAGCCUUCGGAAGGUAGUUGAUGAGUUCUUGCCUCAGGUUCGCUUCCUCACUAUGAAGACGGACGAAUUUGUGGAACACGUGCUUCCAUCUGGUGUCCUGACCAGCGAUGAGAGUGUUGCAAUACUCAUGAAUAUUAAAAAUAUUCCUAAUAUUCCCCUGCCAAGGUUUGCAGCAACGAGUGCCAGAGACAAAAGAAAGAGCAAAUUAAAUUCUGCAAAUCUCUUGUUUUGUCAGCAUCACUACGCCAGCAAUGACCAGGAAAUACUUCGUGACUUUCAAGUGUCCACAACAAUAUAUGUAACCCAGCUGACGGCUCCCGGUGUGACCAGUGUGAAAGACACCAUCGUGAAGGUCCUCUCAGCGACUACUUUAGUGGAGGAGGGCCGCUGGCAGGGUAUUGGCUGCAGGUUUGAUCACCCCGUCAAACUGGUGGUCGGUGAGACUUAUUCAGUGGUGGUGGAGGGGGGGUACGGGCCAUGUGCAGGGUGCGAGUGUAGGGUGACGAGUGACCAUAAUGGUACACAGUUCAGCGCCAAGACUCUGGGCCUCACUCCUGUCUUUCUCGAGUACUGGGAGGUCGUUUAGGCACGACAUCUCUUCAGUAAUAUUUGAGUCUUACUCAGCGUUUCCUCAAAUUGAGAGAACACCCUCAACGCUCCCCUCCCCUCUCCUAUCUCUCUCACCCGCCAUUUUUUUUAUACUGGGAGACUUUAUAGAUAGUACCUGCCCUCCAGGCCUAGUAACACUUCAAUCCUCUACAAGUACUGGCCUCGGACUGCCAUACCACGGUCUCCCAUCUUAGCAGCCAUUAUACGCGUUUAUCGUUUCUAGUCUGCAGAUUUAUGCUUAUUGUUAAUAUUACGGUUAUUGGAACUUUUAUCCUUGUGUAGUACAGCUGUUAAGAAAUAUUGUGAAGCUUUGAUAAGCCCGCCAUCGUCAGUAUUACUGUCCACUGUCCAUAAAACGGGUCACUUAAAAAUUAUU